AUGGCAAAAGUGCAUCGAAAAUCUGGGGGAAAGAACCUAUCAGUGGCGUCCAACGGCAGUUUCGACGACUUGUAUUUGCACCGCCAAAGCCAGCUAUUUCGAGAACUCGAAGUGCUUCUCGAGCUUACACCUUCGACUUUCAGCUCCAGGCUGUUGGCACUUCCCAAGGAGAUAAGGGCGCAAAUCUUCGAUUAUGUACUGCCAGACACAACGCAACGCCGACCUGAGUUGCACACCUGUCUCUGGGGAGCGGACAUGACCAAUGGUGAACCAUGGCGACACGACAUUUUUGGCUACGACACUGCGGUUUCAAAAGCACAUCGUUUACAACCACGACUGCUGCUUAUCAACAAGCAGAUUCGGGAAGAGCUGUUACAACAUUAUUUCCGGCGAAGCAAAUUGACUUUGCACGCUGAGCUGCGGAAUACACGGCUGAAUAAUGGUCACUUCGAUUUCUCGCCACACAUCCUACAGCUGCCAAUGCUGAAGCACGUGACACAUAUUAGAUUCUACGUCGAGUGGAAUUACACCAUCACGAAUCAUGCCUUGAAGGAGGUUAAGCUGCUAGAUCAAAUACGCAUGACCGACAAUCUGCUGGAAGCCAUGGACGAAAUCAUUGCGCCGCUGCGGGCAGUUGAGACCAUCGAACUUUCAGUAUUAUUCUUCUGGAAACACCGUUCCGGCAAAAUGUACAGUCUUUCCAUGCAGGACCUAUUCGACUUGGAGGACGUCUUCAAGCGCUAUGCGGAAGAACGAUGGCUGCAGAUAUUGCGGAAGAGCCAGUCACCCGGCACAUCGCCCAACCCAUCCGCAGGUGUAGGCUACAAGCUAUCCAGCGAAAAUAAAGGCACGGAGCAGAGCGGCGGGAUGGAAAUUUUCGUCAGUCAAGAUUUGGGAGAAGCAAUGGGCCAUCGGAGACAAAGCAGUGUGGACUUUUACGGACAUUAUGCCAUUUCGGAUCCGUUGCCGCAGCCAUGUUACAAGCACGGAGUAAUGAUAUGAAUUGCGCAAGUUACCUGCGUGAAGAGAAAGAUGGGGAACCUGGGGUUUAAACAAACUUCGUCAGCCACGGCGCAAGUUCCGACCCGUCUUAUAUGGCGUGUAUGCGAAUUACUCGAUGCCUGAUCUCACACCAAUAAUAUGCAUGUUUCGGCAUGCGCGACAAAGAGGUCGGCCGAGGUGGUCGUACAUGAGUGGAUACGAAGCACGGGGAAGAAGAGGGGUUGAUUGGCUUUGCAGACUCGCAAAACGUCCGGUAUCGCACGCAAUGGCAGAAUCACUGUGCAAUGAGUCACUAAUAAUGAGGACUACGCUUUAAUUGUAAAUCUUUCUAUCUUAGAAUUGGCCGCUGCAAGAGCUGGGCGGAAGAUGCACGGGAAUACCGGCAACAACCUCGGGUGGAGCGUCUACGCGCUCUUAGGAAGGUGCAGAUAGGUGGCUAGUAUCGUAAACGCCUCCGCGCUUUGAUCGAC